AUGGCCCCCGUUGGGAAUAGUUCCAAUCUACUCACAUCUUUAUUAACUGCAGUGUUAGUCAAAGGAAAAAGAGAGCUUUAUCAUACCAUUCAGUAUUUCGAGAUGCAAAGGCUUGCCCUUACCAUCGUUAAUGAUGGAUCCAGACGAAUAUUUUGUGCUGUCAUUACCGAUACUGAAGUUGGAGUUGAAUUUCCAAAGCUUGUUGCCACACAAACACUCCAAAAGUAUAUUGAGGAGGCAACAUCCCUCAACAGACAUUCAAAACAGCCAACGUUGUAUCAAUCCACUCUUUCCAAUUCCAUUCCUCACUCCGCUAAUUUCACAAAAUACUAUGUACCAUCAUCACCAAGCACCAACAACGGAAAUCCUUCGGAAUCUACUUCUUUUUCUUCAUCAUCAAGUAUUGUAUCCUAUCUAUCAAAUGAAUACCGAAGCCCUGACGUUUCUCAAAACAAUUUUAAGGGACAACGAAUAUUCCCUUCACUGAAAAAUCACCAAAAAGAAAAAAGUUUUUGCACCGCCAUUGGAUUUAAUGGAAUGGUCUCAGAAGACGAAAUGAAAAUAGAAGAUAUUCAAGUGAUGAGGAUAGAUCCUUAUUUAUUUCAAACAAAACUUCGAGAAACUUUUCUUUCAAUGGUUCAUAUAAUUUUACAUGAGUUAAGGAACGAAGUAGGAAUCAUUAGUGCGGAUUUAAUAAGCAAAGACAAGGAUGUUCUAUGUUCAACAACUCAAAGCUUAGACUUACAAGCAUAUUCAGACUUUUUAAUGUCGAAUGCUGCUGAUAUCAUGAAUGCUGUCAAUGACAAACCUCGCUCCAUGGAGAUUGUGCUUUCUACUGCAACGGUGGUUAAGAUUGUUCAAGUAGAAGUGAGUUGUAAUUUAAUUGUUAUGUUCCAAGUGCCCCAAUCGGCCUUGCUUAGCAGCGAACAAGACUGUGCAACCGAAGAUGUCAACUCUGUCGUUGAAAAUAUUCAUUCAGUCAUAGAUUGGGCUGUUGCUUUGCUCAAAAAGGUACAAUAUCUUCAGAAAAUGACUUAA